GCCCUUCGUGCUGGGACUGCGGCCUGCUGAGCCCCAGGUAGGAGUCCACGCAUCGCCUCUCUCUCCAGGUGCACCCGCACAGCUGGCGAACUUGGCUAAGGUCAGCUGGAGAGGAGGGGUGAGAUGUGGUGCUAGUUUUAGGCACACUGUGCUCGUUAUCAGAUUGCCUAGGAGCCCGACUGGAGUAUUCCUCCGCCCAGCGCCUCGGGCAAACGCGGGAUCUCCCAGGGAAGCUCAGAGGGGGACAGGGAGCUGGUCCCCCUCUGCGACUCGCCCCCCUCUGGCUGGCCGAGUGUCUGGCGCCAACCUCGCUGGAGGAGGCUGUCGGGGGCGGGCCAGCCAGCCGGGCUGCCCUCCUCGCAGUGACGUCCCAGGGGGCGGAGGGGCGACCAACUGACUCCGCGCCCUCCCCCCGCCUCCCGUGCGGUCCGUCGGUGCUCUGGAGAUGCUGCUGCCGCGGUUGCAGUUGUCGCGCACGCCGCCGCCCGCCAGCCCGCUCCACCGCCGUAGCGCCCGAGUGUCUGGGGGCGCACCCGAGUCGGGCCAUGAGGCCGGGAACCGCGCUACAGGCCGUGCUGCUGGCGGUGCUGCUGGUGGGGCUGAGGGCCGCGACGGGUCGCCUGCUGAGUGGGCAGCCAGUCUGCCGGGGAGGGACACAGAGGCCUUGUUAUAAAGUCAUUUACUUCCAUGAUACUUCUCGAAGACUGAACUUUGAGGAAGCCAAAGAAGCCUGCAGGAGGGAUGGAGGCCAGCUAGUCAGCAUCGAGUCUGAAGAUGAACAGAAACUGGUAGAAAAGUUCAUUGAAAACCUCUUGCCAUCUGAUGGUGACUUCUGGAUUGGGCUCAGGAGGCGUGAGGAGAAACAAAGCAAUAGCACAGCCUGCCAGGACCUUUAUGCUUGGACUGAUGGUAGCAUAUCACAAUUUAGGAACUGGUAUGUGGAUGAGCCGUCCUGCGGCAGCGAGGUCUGCGUGGUCAUGUACCAUCAGCCAUCGGCACCCGCUGGCAUCGGAGGCCCCUACAUGUUCCAGUGGAAUGAUGACCGGUGCAACAUGAAGAACAAUUUCAUUUGCAAAUAUUCUGAUGAGAAACCAGCAGUUCCUUCUAGAGAAGCUGAAGGUGAGGAAACAGAGCUGACAACACCUGUACUUCCAGAAGAAACACAGGAAGAAGAUGCCAAAAAAACAUUUAAAGAAAGUAGAGAAGCUGCCUUGAAUCUGGCCUACAUCCUAAUCCCCGGCAUUCCCCUUCUCCUCCUCCUUGUGGUCACCACAGUUGUAUGUUGGGUUUGGAUCUGUAGAAGAAGAAAAUGGGAGCAGCCAGACCCUAGCACAAAGAAGCAACACACCAUCUGGCCCUCUCCUCCCCAGGGAAACAGCCCGGACCUAGAGGUCUACAAUGUCAUAAGAAAACAAAGCGAAGCUGACUUAGCUGAGACCCGGCCAGACCUGAAGAAUAUUUCAUUCCGAGUGUGUUCAGGAGAAGCCACUCCCGAUGACAUGUCUUGUGACUACGACAACAUGGCUGUGAACCCAUCAGAAAGUGGAUUUGUGACUCUGGUGAGCGUGGAGAGUGGAUUUGUGACCAAUGACAUUUACGAGUUCUCCCCAGACCAAAUGGGGAGGAGCAAGGAGUCUGGAUGGGUGGAAAAUGAAAUAUAUGGUUAUUAGGACAUAUAAAAAACUGAAACUGACAAGAAUGGAAAAGAAAUGAUAAGCAAAAUUCUCUUAUUUUCUAUAAGGAAAAUACACAGAAGGUCUAUGAACAAGCUUAGAUCAGGUCCUGUGGAUGAGCAUGUGGUCCCCACAACCUCCUGUUGGACCCCCACGUUUUGGCUGUAUCCUUUAUCCCAGCCAGUCAUCCAGCUCGACCUUAUGAGAAGGUACCUUGCCCAGGUCUGGCACAUAGUAGAGUCUCAAUAAAUGUCACUUGAUUGGUUGUAUCUAACUUUUAAGGGACAGUGCUUUACCUGGCAGUGAUAAAGAUGGGCUGUGGAGCUUGGAAAACCACCUCUAAGUUCUGUUUUCCUUGCUCUAUACAGCAGCACAUAUUAUCACACAGACAGAAAAUCCAGAAUCUUUUCAAAGCCCACAUAUGGUAGCACAGGCUGGCCUGCGCAUCGGCAAUUCUCAUAUCUGUUUUUUUCAAAGAAUAAAAUCAAAUAAAGAGCAGGAAACAGAGUGUUAGUCUGUGUCUACAGCCCUUCCUCUGCAUGUGGCCACAGGGGACCUUUUUUUGUUUCUCCUGACAUCCAAACUUGGAAAUAUCUAACUAUUUGCAAAACUAAAAAUAAGGCCAGGCGCGAUGGCUGAUGCCUGUAAUCCCAGAACCUUGGGAGACCAAGGUUGGAGGAUAGCUUGAGUUCAGGAGUUCGAGACCUUCCUGGGCAAAAUAGUGAGACUCUGACUCUACAAAAAAUUUAAAAAUUAGCAGGGCAUGGUGGCAUGCGCCUGCAGUCCCAGCUACUCAGGAGGCUGAGGUGGGGGAAUUGCUUGAGCCCAGGAGGUUGAGGCUGCAGUGAGCUAGGAUCACGCCACUGCUCUCCUGCAUGGGCAACAGAAUGAGACCCUGUCUCUAAACAAAAAUAUUUUUUAAAGAAACUAAAAAUGAAAUUUGAGUCUCAGCUUCUAGGCUUAUGUACUCCCAUCCCUGAUACUACACGUUGUUCUGUUUGCGUGUUUGUUACUGCAGCAUCAACAUAACAUGACUAAUAAUGAUGACAGUUCUGCCUUUUGUUGACAGACCUCAUUGUUUCAAUUGUGUUUGGCCUCAAAUUCAGAGAAAAGUUUCUCAGCCCAGCAUCAAUCAUAUACACAUUGGAGGUCUGAAAGCCAUUAUUUAAAUCACCAGCAAUUUCCCUCAAUCAGCUUCAUAAUCUCAUAUUUUAACCUUUCCUCAUAUGUCUUAUUUUUUAAUAGCUCGGCAACUUUGCUUCACAUAUGGAGCCCCAACUUCUAGAGUUAACUAGUCUGGGUCAAAGCAGUAUCGAAUGUAGUGGAUUGGAAUCCCUGCCAAAUUAUCUGCCCUACUGCAGAACUGAAUAUACUAGGAAACAAAACUCCCUGUUUUGGGAAGUGUGUUUUGUGGUUACAUUUCAAGCAAAAACUGAGCACAUGGUCCUGAAGGACUGAUUCACUGCUCUAAAAUGCCCAAGGUUCCAUUCUUGCUUCAGACAGCCUCGCUCUAUCAUCUGCCCUGUAUCCUGCACUGUGCCCCACAACUCUGGCCCUUAUUACACUGCAAGCUUCGCUAGUAGGAAUCCUAUCUGCCGGUCAGCAUCAUAUGUCCUGCAACCCAUGGCAGCACCUUGCAGGGUAGGCAAUCAGUAUCUAUUGAAUGGAUGAACAAUGCAUCUUUUCAGACUGAUGUCAAAUAGUUUGAAUAUUUCAGCUUAAAAGUUUGUUUUUCACAGUCCCCCUAGGUGGAGGAGGUAACUGAGUCAUUGUAACUUGGAAUGCCUCCCAAGAAGGAAGCAUAGUAACAAGUAAACAGAUGCUGGUGAAUUGUGCUAACAACUUACUUUAUGUCACUCAUGCUUGAACUGAGGACCCACUGUUAAUCUAUAAAGGGAGUAAGGUUGUAAUCAGAACAGACCCUCAGCAUCUUCCCUUCCCUUUUUUCAUUAAUGUGUUGUCUCUUCUGGGACCUACAGAUCUCUUCUGUGUUUGUACACAGCCAGUCUUACCCUGCAUUUUAAUUAUUCACUUUCUUUUUCCUCCUCAGGUUUACUAGCCUGAGUUUACCCAACUCCAUUUCUAUCUCUAAUAAUUGCACUUCACUUAUGUAACAAAUAUUUGCUAAAUGUUAAGGGUUUGCUAUGUUCCCGUUGAGCUUGAGCUUAUUCAUUAAGCUAGUAUCAUAUGGAAAUUUAGUAAGUUUGUUUCAUAAUUGCUAUGAUUUGAAUGUUUGCCCCCUUCAAAACUCACAUUGGCCAGGCAUGUUGGCUCAUGCCUGUAAUCCCAGCACUUUGGGAGGCUGAGGCAGGAGGAUUGCUUGAGCCCGGGAGUUCGAGACCAGGCUGGGCAACAUAGCGAGACCUGUCUCUACAAAAAAUAAGAAAAUUAGCUGGGUGUGGUAGUGCAUGCCUAUUGUCCCAGCUAUGCAGGAGCUGAGGUGAAAGGUCUACUUGAGCCCAGAGGUCAAGGUUGCAGUGAGCUCUCAUCAUGCCACUGCACUCCAGCCGGAGUGACAAGUGACAUCCUGUUUCAAAAACAAACCAACCAAGAAAAAAAGACAAAAAAAACCUCAUGUAGAAACUUAUUCCCCAAUGUGGCAGUAUUGAGAGGUGGGGUCUUUAAGAGAUGAUUGGGUCAUGAGGGCUUUGCCCUCAUGAGUGGAUCAAGCCAUUCCUGGAUUAAUGGGUUUUCACAGGAGUAGGACUUGUGGCUUUAUAAGAAGAGGAACAGAGACCUGAGCUAGCACCCUCAGGCCCCUCACCGUGUUACGCCCUGCGCUGCCUCAGGACUCUAUAGAGAAUCUCCACCAGCAAAAAGACGCUCCCACAUGCAGCCCCUCAACCUUGGACUUCUCAGCCUCCAGAACUAUAAGAAAUACAUUUUGUUUCUUUAUAAAUUACCCAGUUUUAGGUAUUCUGUUACAAGCAACAGGAAAUGGACUAAGACAACCAUUUAAAACCGUAUUUCCCAACCUUUUUUUCCACUGUGACACACGUGACAGAUAAAAUGUAUGUAUCAGACAA